GGGCGGGGGUGAUGUAGCGAGCGGGAGGGCGGGACCACGGCUGGUUAAAGCCCAGCAGAGGCAGCCGCAUCCCCGCAGAAGCUGCUCGCUGGUGCCCGGCGUACAGGUGCUCGACGCGGAGGCUUCCUCGGUACACCGAGCAGACUGGGAGUCCAGACAUGCGUGUCGGCAACAUGAAAGCCCCCCUCCCUCUCCUCCCCCCCCUGAUGCUCCUGGCCGCCAUGUCCCAACCGCAAGCCUUCCCCUUCAGCGCCUCUCUGGACUUGGACGUCACCCCCAGGACCACCGUCUUCGUCAAAGGCCUGCUGGGCGGCGCUCGCUUCACCGGGUCCACCUGGAACUACAGCACCUUGCUGCUGGAGGAGGAGGCGGGGCUACUGUACGUGGGAGGAAGAGGAGCGCUGUACGCCCUCAACGCCGCCAACAUCUCCACAGCCGCCAGCCCCCGGGUGGACUGGGAUGCUACACCCGAGCAGAAGAGGCAGUGCCUGAGCAAAGGUAGAGACAACAAGACCGAGUGUUUCAAUCACAUCCGCUUCCUGCAGCGCCUCAACCAGACUCACCUGUACGUGUGCGGGACCAACGCCUUCAGACCCCUCUGUGCUUACCUGGACUCGGAACGCUUCAGCUUGUCCUCGGGCUUCGAGGAUGGAAGAGACCGGUGUCCCUAUGACCCGUCCAAGGGGUACACAGGCCUGCUUGUAGACGGCGAGAUGUUCACGGCCUCCCAGUACGAGUUCCGCAGCUUGCCUGACGUGCGCCGCAACUUCCCCUUCCCCACGCUCAGGACGGAGGAGGCGCCCACCCGCUGGCUUCUGGAGGCCGACUUCGUGGGCUCGGUGCUGCUCCGGGAGAGCAUCAACAGCUCCGUGGGCGACGACGACAAGAUUUACUUCUUCUUCACGGAAAAGAGCCAGGAGCAGACGCCGUACCCGAGCCGCACCAAAGUGUCCAGAGUGGCCCGGGUUUGCAAGACGGACUGGGGCGGUCAGAGAACUCUUCAGAGGAAGUGGACCUCCUUCCUCAAGGCCCGCCUGGUGUGUUCAGUCCCCGAGUACGAGCUGCACCUCAACGUCCUGCGCAGCGUCUUUGUCCUGCACGGCCCGGACGCUCACAGCAGCCUCUUCUACGCCGUCUUCGGUCUGGAAUGGAAGAACAUCAAAGCCUCGGCCGUCUGCCAGUAUGCCUUCUCGGAUGUGCAGAGGGCCUUUGAGGGGCCCUACAUGGAGGUGCAGGACUCCAAGUGGAGGGAGUACACAGGGAAGGUCCCCGAGCCAAGACCUGGAUCAUGCAUCACAGACCUGCACCGCUCCAAGGGCAUCAACUCCUCUCGAGACCUCCCGGACAGCACCCUGACUUUCGCCAGGAGGCACCCGCUCAUGGCCACCCAGGUGCACCCCACUGGGGAGCGCCCCCUCAUGUUCAAGAGGAGCGUCAACUACGUGCGCAUAGCCGUGCAUCGCCAGCCGGCGCUGGAUGGAAACAUCUACACCGUUCUCUUCUUGGGAACUGAUAACGGCUGGCUGCACAGAGCGGUGGACAUCGGGGGUCAGAUGCACAUCAUGGAGGAACUGCAGAUGUUUGCUGAAGAACAACCUGUGGAGAGUCUGGUGCUGUCUGCCAACCUGCGUCAGAUCUACGUGAGCUCCCACUCAGGGGUGGUGCAGCUGCCCACCUCCACCUGCCGGAGGUACACUUCCUGUUACGACUGCAUCUUGGCCAGGGACCCCUUCUGUGGCUGGGACGGCCGGGAGUGCGUGGAGGUGUGGCAGUCCGGCCAGAACCUCACCCAGGACAUCCUGAGGGGGACCCGGGGCUGCCAGGAGACCUCUGGAAACGUUCUCCACCGGAGGCGCUCCAUCAUGUCGGGUGACGACGCCCUCCUGCAGUGCGAGCUGCGCUCCAACUUGGCCACGCCCCGCUGGACGCUGGACGGCCGAGCGCUCCGAGACCCGGGCGAGGACUACCGCCUUGGCGCGGACGGCCUCCUCAUCAUCGGGGCGCGGCGGAGCGGCACGUACCGCUGCUUCGCCGUGGAGAACUCCGUGUCCGUCCUGGUCUACGUCUACACCGUGACGGUGCACGCCGACCCCAACUUCCCCGCCGGGACGACGCACGCCGCCGAGCCCACGACGGCCGCCGCCACCACGGUCCUCGCCGCCGCUCCCUCGCCGCCCGCCAGGCCCUCGCUGCGCACGUACCGCCACAUGGAGGCGGUCUACGUCUCCCUAGUGGCGGUCCUGGGCGGCCUGUGCCUGGUCCUGUCCGUGGUCUUGCUGUACGUGAGCUUCUGCACCCGGCGCAGGAAGUACCCCGAGCGGGGCCUGCAGGUCCUGGGGGCCACGGAGAGCAAGAGGAGCUCCUUCUUCGAGCUGGCGUCCGUCUCCAGCCGCUGCAACGGCCGCCGCUCCGUCUCCACGCCCGCCUUCGGGGACUUCAGCGAGCGCUUCCUGCAGGAGGCGUCGCCGCCCACCACCCCGCCCCCGGCCCCGCCUCUGCCCAUGCCGCCCCCGCUGCCCGACUUGGACUACGUCAACGGGCUCUCGGCCACGCUGCCCGGCGUCCUGCGCAAGAUGAACGGCAACAGCUACGUGAUCCUGCGGCAGCUGGACCGGGACGGCGCCUCGCCGCUCUGCCGCUCCUUCACCGAGGAACUGAACCGCAUCCUGGAGCAGAGGAAGCAGCUGGACCUGCAGCCCGGGGAGAGCGCCACCUAGAGACUCUCGGACGCUCACCUUUCCCUCAACAACGCCGUGCUUCUGACAGAAACCACAUCCGGUCCUUCUGCUCCUCAGGAGAUCUAAUCAAGAUGAAGGUAUUUUCCAUCUUCUUCCACUUAUCCGAGAUGGGGUCGCGGGGGCAGCAGCCUAAGCAGAAGUCCGGACUUCCUGAGGCGUUCCAGCCGGGAGGCAACGUGUCCUGGGUCUUCCUAGGAAACUAAAUAUCUUAUUUUUCUGUCGCCAGAUGGUCUAAUAGGGUGUCCAAAAUAAAAAAAAAACAGUAGUGCAGUAGGCCUAAGUAUCCAUUAAAAACAAGGUUUUUGUACUUCAUAUUUUUCACCCACAGUUUGAACAGUCACACUGUGUUGGAAUGUUCCUUUCAUUCGUUGACGUACCACAAGAUGAGAAUUCCUGCGUUAGUUUGACAACGUGGGUGUUGUUGGUCGGGGGUGCUUUAUCAGUAUCAUAAAGUGGUGCCAUUCAUCCGGAAUUUUUUCAUUUUGAUUCGUCAAAUCAGCACAAAUUGUUUUGUUCUUUUUGUUUUGUAGUUUUUUUAUGUUGCUGGUCAAUUUAAAUGCAUUUUAUUUAUUUAUUUAUAUUUAAUUUGUCAUUAAUAAAUGGUUCAAAAAUGUUUCUAGUUGAAAUGAGGAUUUAUUUGAUUUUCCAUCCAUCUUCCGCUUAUCCGAGAUGGGGUCGCGGGGGCAGCAGCCUAAGCAGAAGUCCGGACCUCCUGAGGCGUUCCAGCCGGGAGGCAACGUGUCCUGGGUCUUCUUGCCCACCUCGGUCUCUAGGAAACUAAAUAUCUUAUUUUUCUGUCGCCAGAUGGUCUAAUAGGGUGUGCAAAAUAAAUAAAAAAACAGUAGUGCAGUAGGCCUAAGUAUCCAUUAAAAACAAGGUUUUUGUACUUCAUAUUUUUCACCCACAGUUUGAACAGUCACACUGUGUUGGAAUGUUCCUUUCAUUCGUUGACGUACCACAAGAUGAGAAUUCCUGCGUUAGUUUGACAACGCGGGUGUUGUUGGUCGGGGGUGCUUUAUCAGUAUCAUAAAGUGGUGCCAUUCAUCCGGAAUUUUUUCAUUUUGAUUUGUCAGAUCAGCACAAAUUGUUUUGUUCUUUUUGUUUUGUAUUUAAGUUUUUUUUAUGUUGCUGAUCAAUUUAAAUGCAUUUUAUUUAUUUAUUUAUAUUUAAUUUGUCAUUAAUAAAUGGUCCAAAAAUGUUUCUAGUUGAAAUGAGAAUUUAUGUGAUUUUCCAUCCAUCUUCCAUUUAUCCGAGAUGGGGUCGUGGGGGCAGCAGCCUAAGCAGAAGUCCGGACCUCCUGAGGCGUUCCCGCCGGGAGGCAACGUGUCCUGGGUCUUCUUGCCUACCUCGGUCUCUAGGAAACUAAAUAUCUUAUUUUUCCGUCUAGAUGGUCUAAAAGGGUGUUCAAACAAAAAAAAAACAUGAAAAAGGCAGUAGCGCAGUAGGCCUAAGUAUCCAUUAAAAACAAGGUUUUUGUACUUCAUAUUUUUUACCCACAGUUUGAACAGUCACACUGUGUUGGAAUGUUUCUUUCAUUCGUUGACGUACCACAAGAUGAGAAUUCCUGCGUUAGACAAUGCGGGUGUUGUUGGUCGGGGGUGCUUUAUCAGUAUCAUAAAGUGGUGCCAUUCAUCCGGAAUUUUUUCAUUUUGAUUUGUCAAUUCAGCACAAAUUGUUUUGUAUUUAAGUUUUUUUUAUGUUGCUGAUCAAUUUAAAUGCAUUGUAUUUAUUUAUUUAUAUUUAAUUUGUCAUUAAUAAAUGGUCCAAAAAUGUUUCUAGUUGAAAUGAGGAUUUAUGUGAUUUUCCAUCCAUCUUCCAUUUAUCCGAGGUGGGGUCGCGGGGGCAGCAGCCUAAGCAGAAGUCCGGACCUCCUGAGGUGUUCCAGCCGGGAGGCAACGUGUCCUGGGUCUUCUUGCCCACCUCGGUCUCUAGGAAACUAAAUAUCUUAUUUUUCUGUCGCCAGAUGGUCUAAUAGGGUGUCCAAACUUAAAAAAACAUGAAAAAGACAGUAGCGCAGUAGGCCUAAGUAUCCAUUAAAAACAAGGUUUUUGUACUUCAUAUUUUUUCACCCACAGUUUGAACAGUCACACUGUGUUGGAAUGUUUCUUUCAUUCGUUGACGUACCACAAGAUGAGAAUUCCUGCGUUAGUUUGACAAUGCGGGUGUUGUUGGUCGGCAGUGCUUUAUCAGUAUCAUAAAGUGAUGCCAUUCAUCCGGAUUUCUUCAUUUUGAUUUGUCAAUUC